AUGGAAGACAAGAGGGAUGACUGGGAGAGAAUCGUGGGGGGUACGAAGGCUGCUAACGGGUCCGUACCUUACCAGGUCUCCCUGCGUAUCUAUGGAGUCCGCCACUUCUGCGGUGCCUCCAUCAUCACUCCCAGGGUCAUACUGACAGCUGCACAUUGUGUUGACAGACUUAAACCAGAAUACUUCAAAGCCAUAGUUGGAACUAAUCAGCUGAGAGCUGGUGGCAAGGCAUACGACAUCCGUAAAGUGGUACAGCAUGAGAACUAUGACGACAACGUGAUCAAGAAUGACAUUGCCAUCAUCUUCACCGAAGAGGCGAUAGAGCUUAGCGAUAUAGUUGAUGUUGUAGAGCUGAAUGAUGAGCCGGUGAUGAAAGGAGAGGAGUUGCUGUUAACUGGUUGGGGAGCUACUUCUUACCCAGGCCGUCUGCCCAACGAUCUAAUGCAGCUCGAACUCCGAGCUGUUACGUACGACGACUGCCAGGAAGCGCACACAGCUGUUAAUGCUGUCUUCGAGAGCCAAAUCUGCGCCAUGACAAAAGCUGGGGAAGGUGCCUGCCAUGGAGACUCUGGAGGUCCUUUGGUGAGAGAAGGAAGACAAGUGGGCAUUGUGUCUUGGGGUAUUCCCUGCGCCAGAGGAAAACCAGAUGUAUAUACCAAGGUGGAAUUCUUCAUGGACUGGAUUGAAAAGACACUCCUCGAAGAUGAUGAAGAGCAUUUAAUGUUUAUACAACGAAAGAAACUGAACGGAUAUUAGACUGUCACUGUAUAUAGGCGAUAAAAUAAAACAAUUUCACGAGACCCUUACCUAAGUAUUUUAUUACCAUUUCUCUUUUAAACCUUAUUGAAGUUAUACUUCUUUUGGCCCGAUGGAGAAAAAUGAUGAGAGUGAAUUUUUACGAUGCGCGCGCACACUGACACCUGAAUUCUACAUCGUGAAGUUAGUUCUAGGUGGCAUGAAAAUCGAUAACUAUGUUCAAGUUGUAUAUUCUAGUAUUUUUAUAUUUAGAACACGUGUUUCGUAACAGUACAAUUAAACAGUGUGAAUAAAUAAA